UAUAUGUCAGAAUCAUCAGCGAUCAGCAAACCUCAGCUCAUAUAUCAGAGUUUGUACUCGUGUCGGCUUUCGUUAAGUUCUCCACGUACAACCGAGUUACUUUGAUGAUAUUUUGAACAUGUCUGGGGCUGUCUCCCCGCUCACGUAACCCAAAUUCGUUGAUUUAGUGCACCUAAGUGAAUAUUCAAGUGUAGACAGUGGAUUAAACGAUAAAUAUGUUAGGAGCACGUCAAUUUUUAUUCUUUAUCGCGUUCUGUUUGGUUCAUCUCGUCAGUACUGACGAGCACAAUCAUGUGUACGAUGAUAAUGAAGAGGUCGUCCUGUGGAUGAGCACAGUGGGACCCUAUCACAACAGACAGGAGACCUAUUCCUAUUUUUCAUUGCCAUUCUGUGCUGGACCCAAAGCAAUGAUUGGUCACUAUCAUGAGACUCUAUCAGAGGCUCUACAAGGCAUCGAGCUCAAGUUCAGUGGACUGGAGAUUGACUUCAGAGCUGACGUUGCGAAAACAGAAUUCUGUGGACUCAAGGCACUGAGUGAUCAUCACCUCAAGGCAUUUAUUUAUGCUGUAAAAAACCAGUAUUGGUAUCAAAUGUACAUAGACAAUCUUCCAAUUUGGGGAGUUGUAGGUGAGCCUGAAGAUAACAAUGGAGAAAUAUCCUACUACAUCUGGACGCACAAGAAAUUUGACAUUGGUUACAAUGGCAAGCAAAUUGUCGAUGUUAACCUGACAAGUGAGAACAAAGUCAAGCUGACUCCAAACGCUCACAUAUCGUUCAGCUACGAGGUCAACUGGAGAAAGACGAACGUCAAAUUCGAGGACAGAUUCGAUAAAUACCUGGACCCGAAUUUCUUCCAGCAUCGGAUCCACUGGUUCAGCAUCUUCAACAGUUUCAUGAUGGUGAUAUUUCUGGUUGGUCUCGUCUCGAUGAUCCUGAUGCGAACCCUGCGAAAGGACUACGCCAGAUACAGCAAGGAUGAGGAGAUGGAUGACAUAGAGAGGGACUUGGGGGAUGAAUAUGGCUGGAAGCAGGUGCAUGGGGAUGUUUUCAGACCUGCCAGCCACCCUAUUCUCUUCUCGGCUCUGAUCGGCUGUGGGUACCAGGUGACCCUCGUCGUACUCAGUGUCAUCGUGUUUGCAAUCCUCGGGGAAUUGUACACAGAGCGAGGUUCCAUGCUGUCAACUGCCAUCUUCAUGUACGCAGCAACUUCACCGUUGAAUGGAUACGCUGGGGGUGGCCUUUACGCCAGGAUGGGGGGCAGAGUGUGGAUUAAACAGAUGAUCCUGAGUGCAUUCAUGCUGCCUAUCAUGGUCUGUGGCACGGCGUUCUUCAUCAAUUUUAUCGCCAUGUAUUAUCAUGCAAGUCGAGCUAUCCCCUUUGGAUCGAUGGUGGCAGUCACCUGCAUCUGCAUAUUCGUCAUUCUCCCCCUGACCCUGGUGGGCACAAUCCUCGGGAGAAACCUCGCUGGCACACCAGACGCACCAUGUCGCGUCAACGCCGUUCCUCGACCCAUCCCUGAAAAAAAAUGGUUCAUGGAGCCUCUCGUUAUUAUUCUCCUCGGCGGAAUUCUUCCAUUCGGCUCAAUAUUCAUCGAAAUGUAUUUUAUAUUCACGUCCUUCUGGGCGUAUAAGAUUUACUACGUCUACGGGUUUAUGCUCCUCGUAUUCGUAAUCCUCAUGAUCGUAACAGUUUGCGUAACAAUUGUUUGCACGUAUUUUCUGCUCAAUGCCGAAGACUACAGAUGGCAAUGGACUAGUUUCUUGGCUGCCGCUUCCACAGCAGGAUACGUUUAUAUUUAUUCGUUCUACUAUUUCUUUUUCAAAACAAAAAUGUACGGCCUCUUCCAAACCGCCUUCUACUUCGGUUACAUGGCGCUCUUCAGCUUAGCACUAGGAAUAAUGUGCGGUACAGUAGGCUACAUCGGUACGAAUGCCUUCGUCCGCAAGAUCUAUUCGACAGUUAAAAUCGAUUAAAUCCCUGCCCAAUUGUCUCCAAAAAAAAAAAUAAAAUAAUGUACGUGCGCAUGAGAGUGAAAACCGAAUGAUAAAAAUCAGUGCUCAGUGUCUGUACUGCGUCAAUCAAUUUUGUUCCAUUGACACUGUGAUAUUGUAAAAGGCGUCCAGUUGAGUGAUAGUGAUUUCUCUUUGCCCCCUGUGAAUCCCUGUCACCCUUCGCUGAGUUAGACUUUAUCAUAGCAGUUUUAUUGUACAAUAUAUAAUAUAUUCAUUUUUCUUUACGACAUGGGACGCGAAGGCCCUCAAAUUCUCAGGCUGAUGAAUAAUUUUUUCCUGCAGUUCAAGCCGAUGAAUUACCUCGAGUGUAAAAUAUCAGACGGGGUGCAAUAAAAUAAUCUGAUGGAAUAA